AUGAUUGAAAAAAAAGGCUUUGGAUUAGUGGCUCUUGAUACCAAAUAUAUAGCCGUAUGUGCUUUUUCAGUGAUUUCAUUAGUUACCAUUUGUGCCUUCUAUCGCCCCAAAUCCAAGUGCAAGAAUUACUUCUCAGUAUUUCUCCAUGAUUUGAUUGCAACAAUACUGAUGAUGUCUGGUUGUGCGGCGGCGACAGCAAUAGGAUAUGUAGGUAAAUAUGGGCAAGACCAAUCUGGGUGGACAAAGAUAUGUGACAAUGUCCACAAAUUCUGCAAUUAUAUUUCAAUUUCAAUCGGAUUUUCAUACUUGGCUUUCUUUUGCUUCUUUAUUCUCACCAUUAUGGCUUUCAAGCGGGCUUAA